AUGCUUGCUUCCAAAGAUGAACACAACAAUUUAAAUGGCUCCUGGAAUCACACUCAUGUCACUGAGUUCAUACUCAUGGGGGUAUCUGACCGUCCAGAAUUGCAGGUACCACUUUUCUUUGUCUUCCUGGUCAUCUACAUGCUGACAGCAGCAGGAAACCUGGGCAUCAUUACCCUCACCACCGUGGACUCACGACUUCAAACUCCCAUGUACUUCUUCCUCAGACACCUGGCUGUCAUCAACUUUGGCAACUCUACUGUCAUUGCACCUAAAAUGCUGGUCAACUUCUUAGUCAGUAAGAAAACCACCUUAUACUAUGAAUGUGCCACCCAGCUGGGAGGAUUCUUGGUUUUCAUUGUAGCAGAGAUCUUCAUGCUGGCUGUGAUGGCCUAUGACCGCUAUGUGGCCAUCUGUAACCCCCUGCUCUACAUGGUGGUGAUGUCUCAGCGGGUCUGCCUUCUGCUGGUCUCCUUCACAUACUUUUUUAGCUUUUUCACAGCCAUUGUUGUGACACCUUGUGUGUUCUCUGUAUCCUAUUGCUCUUCCAAUGUAAUCAACCACUUUUACUGUGAUAAUGUCCCUCUGUUAGCACUGUCCUGUUCUGACACCUACCUUCCAGAAACUGUAGUGUUUUUCUUCUCAGGGACCAACUUGUUUUUCUCUAUGACUAUUGUUCUUAUAUCCUAUUUCAAUAUCAUCCUUGCAAUUUUGAGGAUUCGUUCAUCUGGAAGGAAGAAAGCCUUCUCCACCUGUGCUUCUCACAUGGUGGCCGUCACUGUGUUCUAUGGUACACUUCUCUUCAUGUAUCUGCAACCACGGACCAACCACUCCUUAGACACUGACAAGAUGGCUUCUGUGUUCUACACCCUAGUGAUACCAAUGCUGAACCCUGUCAUCUACAGCUUUAGGAACAAAGAUGUAAAAUGUGCCUUGAAAGAAUUCCUGAAAAAUCCAUGCCAACGAUUCAGUCUUAUAUGA